UUUUUGCUACACAAUCUAUAACUACCUAUUUGAUAACUUUCUUUUCAUCUCCUAAUCUUACAUUCAUCCUUUUAAUAGGUGAAUAAGGAUUCGUUCCUACAAAAUACUGUUCAAUGUCAAAUACUUAAAUGACUCCUUGAUUUAUUUUGUUUGUCUUUUUUUUCUUUUUUUUGGUCUUUUAUAUACCUACUACCAAUUCACUCGUUCCAUACAAAUCGAUCCUCAUUUGUCUCAAGGCAUCGAAUGAAGAUAAACAUUUGAUCAUAAAACAUUCAACCUUUCAACCUUUCAACUAUUGUUUUGACCUCACCUCACCACAAGUCUCCACAACAAUCAUGGAGAUGCCAUUUACAGAACAAGAACAGGUAUGUUUGCGCAAGGAAUUAAAUAUGAUAGCUACGUACAAGUUUAGAUCAAUGCGCAAUCUUCACCAGCCAUCUCAUUGCCGAGAGCGCCUCAGACUAACUUUUGGUUGCUUUUUUAUAAUAGCGCUUCCUCCUUGCAGAGGUGAUCAAGACAAGCUCUAUACCACCAGAGAAGUUGUUGGUAAUUUUGAAUGAAAGUAACGUCAACCCAAAUUGGUUGUUGAUGCAGGUUCCCCAAGGUAAGCGCAUUUACCCCAGCUUGAUCUCCAACUCGCAGACCUCCACAACCCCGCGCGGAACAUACAAACGCAACCUUCAAGCACCAAAAAACAUUGAUCGAAUGUAUUAUUGAUGGAAGAUCCUAGGACGAAACUUGGCAUCCUGUAUCAACACUUUUGAAAGUCUCGCUGGUCGAAAUUCAAAUAAUUUGACACCGCAAUUACCUCCCCCUCAGUUCUUUUCGGGUGGCUCUCCUGGCCUACAGAACAAACGCAAGUCUGUUUCCGAUCUUGAAUUGACGGGUGUCGAUUCUUCUCGAAAGCGCAGAACCCCAGGUUUAGAUGUCGUUUCUGCUCAGCGCAACAUUCAACCCAAGCCAGUAGCGAAUGGCUCGCCAAUCUCUUUUGCCUCGCCAUUCGUAGGUCAAGGACCCAAAAAGCGUGGUAGACCUUCCAAGAAAGAUCUUAAGCUUCGACAGGCUGAAGAAAUCGCGCGUGGGGAGAUUUUAGGUUCACUCGAAACACCUAAAAGUUCCAUCAACUCCCCCAUUGUCAGUGGUGGAGAUAUCAGCUUAGAAAACAUUUUGUCUGCUGCACCUGUCACUUUGGCUCAAGAGUCUGAGCCAAGUUCAAUUAUUUCCUUUGGCGAUCAAACAGACUCGGGCAGAAAGAAGCGUGGCCGACCAACUUCCAGGUCAUCAAAUGUACGGUAAUGGUGAUAUUCAUAAGCUAUUAAAUGCUAACUUCCGCAUAGGUCCCAAGAACAGGUGAAGGCAGCUUCCCCAUCCUUGCUGCUCAAUUUUCCCGACAAGUACAGCCCCUCCAGCGAUUCGGUACUCAGCAGACUUUCGAUCGAGCAAUGAGAGCUCAGUUUCAGCCUGGGUCUCGUGAAGGUCAAAUUCACAGAGGUAAUCAAGCCCAAGGGAUGCAAUUUGAUGUUCAGGGCAACACUGAAAAGCGUCAAAUGUAUAUUCGCGGUGAUGCGCGCGAUAAAGAACAGCAGGAGAUGCAAUAUAAAGGCGCAGCUAUGGAGCGCAAGUCAAUGGACCAAAAGGACGAUAAAAGAUCUGAGCUGUAACUUGGUCACCGGCACGCAUCUUUGCUCAUUUUGAAGAAUCUUCGAAGCUUUCCAAAUGUCUACGUUUUACUUCACUUUACAACAUGAAAUUCCACGCCAACCAUAAUCGCAAGAUGUUUUAAUUCAAACCUGCCGUUUUCGACUGUUUUCAUUCGACAGAUCACGACAUAAUUUUCCGAUUUCACAAUUUAAAGGAACGGCCACUUAUAGAGUAUAUGCCCUUUGACGAGGUCAUAAAUUCUUCCACAUCUCACAUUGUUCGAUGCCUUACGAAAAAAUUCAAUGCCACUCAUACCAUUAUCCCACUGUACAAUUUCCCUUUCUUCUUUCAUGCUACGUUACGAUACCAUGUUUAUAACGAUAUUCGGAGCGGCAGCCUUGAUUA